UACAGAAAGGCCACGCCCACUAGUGUUUACAGAAAGGCCACACCCACUAGUGUUUGAAGAAAGGCCACACCCACUAGAGUGCUUACAGAAAGGCCACGCCCACUAGUGUUUACAGAAAGGCCACGCUCACUAGAGUGUUUACACCAUGCCCACAGACAACGCCCACUAGAGUUAAUGAUUACACCUCUUCCUUUUAAACAGAGGUGUGUGAGAGGUGUGUGUCAUUUAUUUGAGCUGUGAGGUGCUGGUGAGACACAUCUUUCUGUUGCCCAGCAGUGUGCAACUCCUCCUCCUCAGCUGUGGUGUUGGUAGAUACUAAUACCACAAAGGCAAUACCACAUACAGGGUUCUCCCAGGGAUCUUUUUUUAACAAAGAGGUGCUACUGAGUACAGCGGGAUGGAGGACAUUUCCUGCAAUCUAAAGCAAAGAAAUACUCCAUUUGGGUGUGGUAACAGGCCUUAAAUGAUUAUAAAUAAUGUUUUUUUUUAAAUGACAGUGGCGCAACCAGUCCACAAGGUGGCGUAGUGCAACUCUUACAUUCUUUGAGGAGAACCCGGACAUAGAGCGAUAAUACGGACUAGUCAUGGCUUCUGUUCGGUUGUCCAGGUCUCAGAGAUUCUUCAAGAACUUAUCUCUGGUCCUCCUGAGUGGAUCCGUCCCUCUGCUCCUGUGGGCCGCUCUCAGACGCCCGCCGGGCUCUGACAGGAGUCCUCUCCCCGUUCUGGACCUCCUGCCCCCGGACUACGCUGCCGACUUGCCGGCCUGCUCAGCCAUCAUCCAGGGAGACCUGGAGGGUCUGGAGAGGAAGCAGCUCAGCGUCCUGCUGAAGACCAUGAAGAAACAGCAGCUGCUGUCAGAGGCCUUCUACCACAACGUGACUCAGGACUGUCAGAGGUACGUCACAGAAAGAGAGUUCAUCACCGUUCCUCUCAGUCAGGAGGAGAAGGAGUUCCCCAUCGCCUACUCCAUGGUCAUCCACGACAAGAUUGAGAUGUUUGAGCGGCUCCUGCGUGCCCUGUACACUCCUCAGAACGUGUACUGCGUCCACAUCGACCAGAAGUCAUCGGAGGCCUUCAGGACGGCAGUGAGGGCUAUCGUGUCCUGUCUGACUAAUGUGUUUGUGGCCAGUAAGUUAGAGAGUGUGGUAUAUGCCUCCUGGUCCAGAGUGCAGGCCGAUCUGAACUGUAUGGAGGAUCUCCUGAAGUCACCUGUCCAGUGGAGGUACCUGAUCAACACCUGUGGAACAGACUUCCCCAUUAAGACCAACGCUGAGAUGGUUCAGGCCCUCAAGCUGCAGAACGGGAGGAACAGCAUGGAGUCAGAGACCACCGACGACUAUAAAAACAGCAGAUGGCAGUUUCACCACAAAAUCACCAGCAACAUGGUGGUCAAGACGAACGUUAGGAAGAGCCCUCCUCCAAUCAGCACCCCCAUGUUUUCUGGCAACGCCUACUUCCUGGUGUCCAGGGCCUUUGUCCGUCACGUGAUGAAGUCUCAGGAGGUCCGGGCGCUGUUGGAGUGGGAGAAGGACACCUAUAGUCCUGAUGAACACCUGUGGGCCACCCUGCAGCGCAUGCCCUCUGUGCCAGGCUCUAACCCUCCGCACAUCAAGUACCAUGAAUCAGACAUGAACGCCAUUGCGCGCAUUGUGAAGUGGCGUUCCCUGGAAGGAGAUGUGAGGAACGGAGCCCCAUAUCCACCCUGCUCGGGUGUCUACAGGAGGUCCAUUUGUGUCUACGGGGCUGGAGAUCUCAGGUGGCUCCUACAACAUCACCACCUCAUCGCUAACAAGUUUGACCCUGAGGUGGAUGAUGUGGCUAUCAGGUGUCUGGAGUCGUACCUGCGCUUCAAAGCCACAGACCGUGUUUCACGAAGGACAGUGGAAUCUGAGAGGAUCUUACAAAAACGAUGA